AUGCUAUCGUCUGAGGCAAAGCGCGAGGCACUAGACCCAGACAAACGUUUACCAAUCUACCUUCUCCAGAAGACUCGACAUCUCGCAGGAACCUCCGUGGACAAGAGGAGAACACUCUCUGAGGCUGGGCCUCAACGGCGAGCGCCAGUCGUGGUAUUCCAAGAGCUCUCCUUACUUGUGAAAUGGGGGACCGCUAUGAGAAUUUCGGAGGGUCAGUGCCUCUGCGCCAUCGGUCAGCUCCUCAAGGAUUAUGUCCCGGUUCUAGAGUUAUACACCUGGCGGCAGGAUGGAGGCGAAACCUUUCUUUACAUGAAAUAUCUCGAUUCAUAG